CUCCAAUUCAGGAGGUCCGAAAGAGACCUCGGAAGUGAUUUUUAUCUAUAAAGACGUUGAGGCUGCCGACUGAAAUGUGAUUGCAACCUUUACUUUCUCUCAUCCAUCCCAUGAAAUCGCUCGUUCGUUUUGAAGAUGAGGGUGUCGUACGCUAUUUGGGCAGUGCUUCUGGGCCGGACCGCCGUCUCGUCCGCCUCACCUGAUCAAUCACCGACAAAUGUCGUGCGCGGAGCAUAUAUUGUGGAGCUCGACAGUGACGCUGACGGCCCGGAUUCUCUUUACGAGACCCUCGCUAGCGAUGACAAUAUCGCCGUAGACCACCGCCGUGAUCUUCGGUCGAGCAUCUUCAACGCUGCGUCGUUCCAGCUGCGGGAUGUUGCGGCAGGCAGCAGCCACGAUGCGGAAAGCUUUAUGGAAAAGGUCAGGGCAAAGCGCAAUGUUAAAAAUGUCUGGCCAGUACGAAGCGUCUACAUCAACAACGAAGUGGCGAAGCCCUCCCGGAUGAACAUUCCCAUUGGCCGGCGGCAUGAGUCUCGAGACGUGGACGAAAGCAGCAACACCACGACCUUCGCGCCCCAUAUCCAGACACAGAUCGACAAGCUGCGCGCCGAGGGAUAUACGGGCAGCGGCGUUCGCAUCGCCGUUGUCGACAGUGGCGUUGAUUACACUCAUCCCGCUCUUGGCGGGUGCUUCGGCCCUGGGUGUCUAGUCGAGGGUGGCUACGACUUCUCAGGAGACGAAAUGAACCCAGAAACCGGCAUUCCUGCAUCGCCCGAUGACGACCCAUAUGACUAUUGUAUGGGCCACGGUACUCACGUCGCUGGCAUUGUUGCUGCGCAGGCUAAAGACAACAUUCUUGGUUUCUCAGGAGGCGCACCCGGCGUAAAGCUCCUAGCAUACCGAGUUUGGGGCUGUGGUGGCGGCAGCACCAAUGAGUUGAUGAUUGCGGGAUUCAACAGGGCUUUCGAGGAUGGUGCUGAUAUCAUCACCUGCUCUAACGGGUACCAGUCUGGCUGGGCAGAGGAAGCGAUUUCCGUUGCCGUUGCACGCAUUGUCGCAGCAGGUGUUCCCGUCCUCAUCUCCGAGGGAAAUGAUGGUAGCUCGGGACUCUGGAAUGCUCUGACUCCAGCUGUCGGGACAGGCGUGGGCGGGACAGGCGCCGUGCAGAAUAAGGUACAGCCCAUCUUCGAGACGGCCGCUUCCUUCACUGUCGGUGAUGCUUCUACAAAUUCGACGACCGAGGAGUUCGGGUUCGUGGCUGGGGAACCACUUUUCACCGACGAUGGUUUGACUCUCGAUCUUCACAGCCUCGGGACCGAUGCGUGCAGCCCCUUGCCUGACAGCACACCGGACCUAUCUGCUAAAUUGAUUCUGCUUGAGGUUCCGGACUCGAGGGUGACAAGAUGCUAUCCAGUUGACCAGGCUGCCAACAUCCAAGCCAAGGGCGGACAUUAUGUGAUGUACUAUGCCAGGGACAAUACAACGGUGGAUGAACAGUUCCUAUAUGUUGAUGGAAUCCGAGGCGUUGGGACCGUCGCUCCCUACAGAGGUGAGGCCUGGAAUCUUUUGUUGGCACGAGGAGCCAAGAUCACAGUAUCGCUUCCAAACCUCAACAACACCAGCGCCGUCAACCAGACCACUUCGCCAACCUUCUACUACGAAGAGGUGGAAAGCAAAGAAAAGGGCGGUAGCAUCAGCGACUUCACCACUUGGGGUCCAUCCUGGGAACUGUCCCUCUCGCCUCAGUUCCUCGCCCCCGGAGGACAGAUUCCAGGCCUCUAUCCUGUGGUGAUGGGUGCAUACAAGAUAAUGUCCGGCACUUCCAUGGCGGCGCCCCACGUUGCUUCUAUCUAUGCUCUGAUCAAAGAGGCAAGAGGAUCCAGCGACCCGAAGACAAUUCGAAGUCUACUCUCUUCCACGGCCAAGCCACAGGCUCCAAGCGGGAGCGGGAAUAAUACCAACGGACUACUGGCCUCUGUCGCCCAACAGGGUGCGGGUCUGGUCCAGGCCAGUGACGCUGCGCAUUCGACUAUCAUUCUGAGCUCGGACGGGAUCGCUCUCAAUGACACUGAUAAUUUUGUCGGCACGCACACCUUCAGCAUUCAGAAUACCGGCACCGACGAUGUCACUUUUACCUUGGGGCAUGCGAAGGCUGUGACUAUGAACACGUUUCGCGACGGGGCCAAUGGGGCAUUACUUGCCUCGAAUACAGCAGUUGAUGCCUGGGCUGAAUUGGCUUUCAGCGCUGAUGAGGUAUCCGUCCCGGCCGGCGGCUCGGAAAAUGUCACGGUCACUUUUACUCCGCCAGAGAAUCUCAAUGCCACUCUCCUUCCCGUUUAUAGCGGCUACGUGACUCUCCAGUCGACUGAACAGUCUCUCGUCCUGCCUUAUCUCGGAGUUGCAGGUAGCAUGAAGUCAAUACCAGUUCUCGACCCAAGGAACGUGUUCCUUGCGGAUUUCAACAUCCCAGCCAAAGCCAACAGGACCUACACGAUCGAACGGCCCGGUCCUGACACAUUUGUCAAUACUGAUCGCGGAGACCAGGCGACGAUGCCAGUUGUUGCAAUUCACCCAACGGUUGGCACCCCGCAACUGCGAAUCGAUAUACUGGCUCUGUCUUCUAUGGGAAACAGCACCAGCCUGCCGACCAAGCCUUUCUUCGACCGUUUCGAAAGCGUGGGAACCCUGCCGCGUUACCCCGUCCCAUACGCUCCAAAUCAGCAGCGCGAAGCUUACUUCAAGGGAAAAAUGGCCGAUGGGACGGUAUUGCCCGAGGGAACGUACCAGCUAGCUGUAUCCGGGUUGAGAGUUUUUGGCAACGCGAGUGAUGCAGAAGAUUGGGAUACCGUCAAGACGAUUCCGUUCAACGUGAAAUACGUUACUGAGUAGGCAGGUCAAGGAUUACAAUUUACUUUAAAUUAAAGUAAUAGCUCUUUAUAUAUA